AUGGUUUCCACCCCUUUCUCGUGCAAGAUCGGGGGACGCUGCCGUUUCAAAAAGGCUCAAGUAGAAAUUCGAACAUUUGCCCGAAAUAGGUCCCAGGCUGUUGCGAUGCCUGAAGAGGCCAAGGGCAAGAAAGAAGGGGAAACCAAAGAUGUUGAGAUGAAGGACGCCACAGAGGAAGAAAAAAAGGACACCAAGAAGGAAAAGGAGGAACCUCCAAAGAGCCCCAGGACCAUUCUCCUUGAAGCGAUCGCCCAGAACUUGAAGACCAUCGCAACGGGCGUCACAGCAGGAGACCCUCGUGUCAUGGGUCGUGUGCUCCGAUCCUUCGCUCAGCUUCGUCGGACCAUGGAGCCAGAGGUGCUGAAGGCCUUGCUGGAGGAGUUUGUUGAUCCAGCGCGCCCCAACAAAGCGCAAUUCAUUGCAGCAGUGCCCCCAGCUGACGUGGAGAUGGCAGAUGCCAAGGAGGAAAAGCCCAAAGAGGUUGAGAUCAAGUUUCCGCAGCUUAGCAAACCCUAUGCACCUGAACUUGAAGCAUAUGCUGUGCUGAGCCUAGUGGUAAAGCUCUCAGACAAGAGUGAGAAAGAGAAGUCCUUGGAGACAGCAAGCGCUUUGGUCUUGUUCCUGAAGACCCUCAACAGACGCACCAUGGAUUUCUUCAAUGCCCGAGCAUACUUCUACCUUUCUCUGGCGUAUGAGCGCUGCGGCCGUUUGUCAGAGAUCCGACCUGAGCUACUUGCAGCCUAUCGCAGUGCAUGCCUUCGUCAUGAUCAAAUGGGCCAGGCCACUCUACUGAAUCUUCUCCUGCGGAACUACCUGGCCUACAACUUGUACGAUCAAGCCUUGAAGCUGGUCUCCAAGACCAGCUUUCCCGAAAGUCGGCCGAACAUGCAGUAUGCCCGCUACUUGUUCUACAUCGGGCAGAUCAAGGCCGUCCAGCUCGAAUACUCGGACUCCCAUUCCAAGCUCAUGCAGGCAAUUCGCAAGGCUCCACAGACCCCCAGUGUGGCCCUUGGCUUCAAGCUGGCGGCCAGCAAGCUUGCUAUUGUAGUCGAGCUACUGAUGGGAGGCAUUCCAGAGCGCUCAUUUUUUAUGCAGAAGGAGCUCAAAGAGCCACUCCGACCAUACUAUGCUAUCACACAGGCAGUGCGUUCGGGUGAUUUGCAUGCCUUCAAAGAGUGCACCAAAACAUAUGAGGCCUUGUUCAAAAAGGACAAGACACUGACUUUGAUCAAUCGGCUGCGCUACAAUGUCAUCAAGACUGGCCUUCGAAGCAUCAGCCUGGCCUACAGCAAGAUCUCCUUGCAGGACAUUUGCACAAAACUUGGCCUAGAAUCUCCGCAGGAUGCUGCUGGAGUCGUUGCCAAAGCCGUCGUGGAUGGUGUCAUUGAUGCUACCAUCGAUUAUGACCAGCAGUUUGUAAAGUCCAACCAGAAGCUAGACUUGUAUCACUCAUGCGAGCCGCAGAAAGCCCUUCACAAGCGUAUUGCCUUUUGCUUGCAGAUGCACAAUGACGCCGUCAAGGCAAUGGCUUACCCAGAUGAGAAUGACAACAAAGAUGCCGAAGAUCCCGAAGAAAAGCGAGAAAGAGAAAAGCGUGAGCUGGCCAACAUUGAGGAAGAAGAUGGUGGCGAUGACGACAUGAUCAUUUGA